AUGAAUGAAUUAUAAUUCAUUUAAUAUAGAUAUUAAUUGAGAAUAAGAGAAUAAAAAUGGGCCAAAGAUUUAUGGCUUUCAACUUAUUGCUGUUUUUUGUAUAUGCUACUUAAAGCAUUCACAAUUACUGGGAAGAUGGUAAUGAUGCAAAUUUAUGAUUUCAUAUAUUCGACCAAUAAUCAUUUAGACCCUGAUUCUGGACUUGUAAGUUUUGGAAAUAUUUAGUACAAUCAAAUAUUAAUUUUCGUAGAUGGUUUUGUUAUGAAAUGGCUGCUCCUUUAAGUUUACCAAUGAUACCCAUGUUAUUAUUAAAAGCAUAGUUCAGGUAUAUAUUUUUCUUUUCCUCUUUUGGAACUAUUUUGUUUAUAACACCUCUUUAGUUCGCAACAAUUUGUAAAGAUUCUCAAGAAUCAAUAUGUAAUGUCUAUAUAAUUUGGACUUUUACUAUAAUAUUUUCUUUUAUAUCAGGAUUUUGUAAGACUCUAUUACUUUUUUCUAUGCUUUAUUAUUUGUCUAAUUUAGCAGGAGGAAAGGAAAAGAUUAUUUACUAUAGUUCAUUCUACUUUAUGUAUGUAUAUGAAUAUUAUAAUUUAUAUGUAGACAUCAAUUUUAAUGGUUGAUAGGUAGUUUGAUAGGAAAUUUGUUAGUUCAUUUUUGUAGCAGAGGAUCUUUAGUAGAAACAUUAAAACAUGUUUAUAUUAUAUUGAUAUUCAGUUCUGUAUUUUUAUGCACUUUAUUUUUAACAAUACCAGAUGAAAAAAAGAAAUAAAAAUUUAAAAAAUUUAAUAAAAUGAUAACUUAAUUGCUAAUUGAGAAUGGAAAAGAGAAUUAAAAAACAUUGAAAUAAGAAUUACAAAAAAUGAAUUAUAAAAAAGAAACUAAUGAAUUAUAUAAUAAAUUAAUAAACUUUGAAGAAGUGAUUAAUGAUGAGACAGAGAUGAUAUAAUAAAUUAUGGAUUAAUAAGUACAAAUAAGGUAGACUUAAUAAUUUUUUACGAUUCAAAGUUUUUCAUAUGAAUAAGAUAAUUUACAAGAUAUUCUAUAAGAAAAACCAAAAUCAUCUGAUGAUUUGAAUUAAAUAUAUUCAAAUUAGAAAACAAUUUCAAUUGAGGAAUAUGUCAAAAAUAAUUAUUUUGGAAAUUUAUACUUAACAUUAAAUGCAUUAUGUUUGGAUGGAUUCUUUUAUUUUAUUAUUUUAAUUUUCAAUAUUGGAAGUGUAAUGUCCUUUUUAUUAUUGCAAUUGCCUAAUCUAUUGACAAUUAAUUCAGCUUAAGACCCAAAAAUAAGAGCAGCUACAAUAUAUGAAGGAUUUCUCUAUGUUGGAAUUGGACAAAUCUUUGGAUGUUUUUAUUUGGGAUUGUUUGGAGAUUUCUCUUAAAAAAUUACGUAAGAAUUAUUUAAUAAUUAAAGUGGAUUAUAUUAUAUACUUGGAGUAUAUCAGUUGGGUUGUCUAUUAGCCUGGGGAAUCUAUAUAUUUGAAAUUGAUUUCUUAGUAUAUGUAAUGUCAUUCAUCCUAGGAUUCUGCUGUUCAGCAAUGAUGUCAACUACAAUAUCUUUUUAAAUAGUUUAUUUUCAAAAAGUAAAGUUAAUAUUUCAACUUAGUUUAUCUACUCAGUAGAUUUAAUGUAUAUAAUUUUUAGUUUCUCUUUCUCCAUCAACACCUUGUUUUAUAUAAUAACAAACUAUUCAGGAAAAUUUUAUGGUUUGAUAUUGUUACAAGGUUCAGGAAUAUUUGGAUUAUUGUCAACGUGGAGAAUUCACAGGAAAUUAAAGUCAAAAUUGAAUAAAUAAUAAUGA